GCCGCAGAGACAAUGAAUCGGGAGCUGGCGGCUCUCUCCGUGUAAAACAAGAAGCUUUCCCUGUGCUGCAGCCUCAGACAUGCCCGGAGCCCACACAUGGAAGGACUAUUACUGCAUCAAAUUCUCCCUGUCCUUCUAUUCCACCCUCUUCUCGCUCAUUGGUCUCUUGAUCCUAUGUAUCGGCAUUUAUGCAGAAAGCGAGAGAAGGAGGCAUCAAACCCUUGAGGGUAUUUUUCUUGCACCAGCUAUCAUCUUACUGCUGCUGGGCAUCCUGAUGUUUGUGGUCUCCUUUAUCGGGAUGGUGGGAUCUUUGAGGGACAACUUACUGCUUGUGAAAACUUUCUUCUGGGUUCUUGUUGUCAUCUUCGGCAUCGAGGUACUGCUAAUUAUUAUCGAGCUGGUGUUUGAAGAUCAGAUGAAAAAGUUUGCACAUGCAAAUAUCCUGGUAGGAAUCAGGCAGUAUUAUGAUGAUUUGGACUUCAAGAAUAUACUAGAUUUUGUGCAAGAAAAGUUCUCAUGUUGCGGAGGUGAUGAGUUCAGCGACUGGAGGGUGAAUCAGUACCAUUCCUGCAACGGCACGGGACCCCUCUCCUGCGGAGUGCCGUAUACAUGCUGUAUAACUGGAACAAAUGAUGGAGGAGUGAAGAACACAUUGUGUGGGUACCAGACACUCGAUAAAGAGAGACUUGAUGUUAUUCACAUUAUACAUGUGAGAGGCUGUAUCCAUGCUGUGGGCUUGUGGCUAAACGAUAACUUUGCAAUAACAUUUGGUAUAGCAAUAGGUCUGUUGGCUCCUCAGGCAUUAGGCAUUGGGCUGGCUUAUGUUUUCUGGAGGAAACUCAAACACAUCUGCAGAGCUUUCGAUACAGUCGAUUUCCGAUCUCUGACGCCAAAAGACUUCAAGUUCAACGAGCUAGACCUGACUGGGGCAGGGUGUUGUCUCUGCUUACCCCGAGAAGAAGGCUAUAUCCCAAUCAAUCCAGACAGUGAUGAGAUGAACCUUGCUUAAAAGGACGUUCACUUGCCUGACCCCAUUUUAAAUGAUAUCCGCUUCAGCAAUAAUACUGUGAUACAAUUUGGACUCUCGUCGGUAUGACUUUUUGGACAUAAACAUUAUGCAUCAAAUUC